UGCUGUUAUGUUCUUUUUAGACGACAAAGUGCGAGAAAGACGAGGUGGAGAGAGGAUUAUAAUGUAAUAAAAAGAGAACGAAUACAUUCAGUAACUAAGUCGUAGUGAAAAGAAUCAGAAUAUCAUAUAUCCGUCUGGAGUCACUUACCCGAUGGAAGACGGCAUUUGGUGAUUUAUCAAGUAUGCGUAUUUCAUUGCUAAUAAUAAAGAUAAGUGGACCGUUUGUACUACAAUACCCGAAAAUGGCCGCUGUGAAAUAAUGUAACAUUAAGAUCUCACUGAAGGAUUUGGCUUCAACUUAAGUGAAAAUCUAUAAUAAUAUUGCUUCAAGACCGUGGUCUCUCAGCUUAAAAGUAUUUCAGCUGUCAUAAUUAUCCCCAAUGUGAAGAUGUCAUGAAGUUGAGGAAGGGUUAUAAAGGUGGACUCUUCAAUGUACAGCACAAGAAGUGUGUAAGAGCUUGACAUUCUGUAAAACCAUACGGUAGCAGAAGGGACUCUCAAUGGCAACAGAUCCUGGUGAGCCCACAGACACAGGAGAUGGUGGGAAAUCUGAUGGAGUAAAUCUGCAGGUCCAGAAUCCAGAACAAGGCAGUGAAAGACCGACUGUCUCACAGGAAAAUGAAACCAUGGAUAGCGAGUUAAAUAAUGCAAGACAGAGCAACAACCAGGUGACUUCUAGUUCAGGAUCUCUGACCUCAAAUGGUAGGAAAGAAAACAAGCGCUUCUUCAGGAAGAGUAUUGAGAUCUGUGAACAGGAUGAUGUUGAUGAUCCUCUCUGCUCUGGUAAACAAGAUAUCAUUGGAAUUAGCAGUGUUGUCACUGAAACCUUUGAUACAGAUAAUGUAUUCUCAGGUGGCACAGGUAGUGGAAUCGGUAAUUAUCAGCAGCCAGGGAUGUCAUCGAUUAACAUUUGCACACCAAAUUCCCUUUCUACAGACCAAAAUCAUUGUAACAAAGAGGUUUCUACUACAGCAUCUUCCAAAACGAGGACUGAGAGGGAGUUGGAAGAGGAGGCAGAGACUGAAGCUGUUGCUACCUCACCUGGUGGCAGAUUCUUGAAAUUUGACAUUGAGCUUGGAAGAGGUGCAUUCAAAACUGUCUACAAAGGUCUUGAUACAGAAACCUCAGUGGAAGUGGCCUGGUGUGAACUACAGGAUAGAAAGUUGACAAAAGCUGAGCAGCAGAGAUUUAAAGAAGAGGCCGAAAUGCUUAAAGGUCUUCAGCAUCCUAAUAUUGUACGCUUCUAUGAUUCCUGGGAGUCCGUUCUGAAGGGCAAGAAAUGUAUUGUUCUAGUUACAGAGCUUAUGACUUCGGGUACACUUAAAACAUACUUGAAGAGGUUCAAGGUGAUGAAGCCAAAGGUUUUACGUAGCUGGUGCAGGCAGAUUUUAAAGGGUCUUCAGUUUUUGCACACAAGAACUCCACCAAUAAUUCACCGGGACUUGAAGUGCGACAACAUUUUUAUCACUGGGCCAACAGGCUCAGUAAAGAUUGGUGACUUGGGCCUUGCAACACUCAUGCGCACAUCCUUUGCCAAGAGUGUAAUUGGCACGCCUGAGUUUAUGGCCCCUGAAAUGUAUGAGGAACACUAUGAUGAAUCAGUAGAUGUGUAUGCCUUUGGGAUGUGCAUGCUUGAAAUGGCUACUUCAGAGUAUCCAUAUUCAGAAUGCAAGAAUGCUGCACAGAUUUAUCGCAAAGUCACCAGUGGCAUCAAACCUGCCAGCUUUGACAAAGUGAGUGACCCAGAAAUCAAGGAAAUCAUAGAGGGAUGUAUCCGCCAAAACAAAAGCGAAAGGCUUUCUAUAAAGGAUCUUUUGACGCAUGCAUUCUUUGCAGAGGAUACAGGUGUGCGAGUUGAACUUGCAGAAGAUGAUGAUGGUAUGAAAGAAUCACUUGCUCUUCGUAUUUGGGUGGAAGACCCAAAGAAGUUAAAAGGAAAACACAAAGACAAUGAAGCAAUUGAAUUCAGCUAUGACCUAGAAAAUGAUAUAGCUGAAGAAGUUGCCCAGGAGAUGGUUAAGUCUAAAUUAUUUACAGAAAGUGACUCUAAGUUAGUUGCAAAGUCAAUAAAGGACCGUGUGACUCUAAUUAAGAAAUCAAGAGAAUGGAAACAACUUAUGCGUGGAUAUGAAGAACGACGUGAUUCCCAGACAGUGCUAACAGGAGGUGGUGGUCCAUCCACAUCAUCACAAGUCAGUGGUUUUGUCUCUUCCAUUGGUCAGACCCCAGGUCUUAGUGUUGUGACUCAAGUAGGAUUGCCUGAACCAGAAGAACUAACAGAGGUUGAUCAACAUGUCCGUCUACAGCAGCUACAGCAAAAAGUACAAAGCACUACCUUUACAGGAGAAUUUGUUACAGAAGGCAAUGUAGUCCAUGCAGAUUACAUCACCUGUUCAGAAAAGAUUAUGAGUGGACAUAAUCAAACUGCCUGUAUAGCACAGUCAGAUGUUGGACUACAGCUACAGUUUCACAAACAGCCAAUUGGUUAUCCGCAGAUAUCAGCACCGGCUUCGGGGUCAGGAUACCCUAUACAGUCACUUCAGAGUCAGCCAUAUCAGGAAUUGCAAGCAUCUGGAUUUACUUCUCAACCACCUGGACUACAAGCACAAACCAUUCACAUGCAACAGAUACAAGGGUCAGGGGUGCUGUGUCAUCCUCAGGUACUGGCAAUUGGACAAAGCCAGCCACUUCAAACAAUGCCAGUACAGAGUUUGGUUCAGCCAGCAGUCCUGCAGCCACAGAUUUCGCCUGUGGCAGUUCCACCUUUUCAGCAGCCACUUGAUGCCAUGCAGUCGUCAUCCUUUGGGACAGAUGGACAAUUAAUAACUCGCCUACAAUCUCAGGCUCCUGCGACAACAGCUGUUGACCCAACAAAUAUUGCUUGUGUGUCAGGUUCUAGCCUGAUGACUAUUCCACCACCAUUACAACAUUUCCAAGGCAUUGUAUCUCCACAAGCUGUUGUGCCCUCUUCUGCUACAGUGCCAGCUAUUGCUUCUGUGACGGGGGCAGAGUCUAGUGAUACACCAGUUGCAAGUGCUAUUUUGUUAAUCGGACAAGACAUUCAAGCAGCACAACAGAAAACUGUUAAAAUAAUGCCUCAGACAAAUGUCUCCCAACAGCAUCAAGUGACAUCAGUACACCAGGUACCACCACAGCACAUAAAGCAACGUUCUGUCUUGCAACAGCAGCAUUUACAAGCUAAUAUUGCAGAUACACAAGUGCAGCAACAAACUCUAAUAGCAAAUGUUGAAAAGCAUGCUGUAUUAAUUCAGCAGGCAGAUCAGCAUGCUUUAUUAGAACAGAAACAAGAGCAGCAAAUUUCAAUGAAACCACAUUAUCCUUUAGAGCAACCAAUCUUUGUACCUCAACAUAUAGUUGAGGAGCCUCUGCAACAUGAACAGCAGGUGAAAGGGCAGAAGCAAGAAAAUGAACAAACAGUACUACAACAGCAACUGAUUGACCAACAACUUUUCCUUUUGCAGAAGCAACACUUGGAUCAACAAACGUUACUUCAGCAGCAGCAGACAUUGAGCCAUCAGGCAUUACUGCAGCAGCAUCAAACAUUGGAUCAACAUGAAUUAAUUAUGCAGCCGCAACAACUGGAUCAACAAAUUCUGCUGCAUCAAAUGGAACAACAGAGGUUACUGCAACUGCAGCACAUUCAACAGAUGGAAAAGCAAGCAGCAGUAAAAAUUCAACAAAUUGAACCCAAGUCAUUAUUACAACCUUUGGAUAAACUGAAGCUGCUACAACAGCAGCCAGUGGGCCAGCAGGUAGUGCUUCCACCCCCAGUGGAUCAACAGGUAGUGCUACAUCAGCAGGCACAACAACAUGUGGAGCAGCAGGCAUUGUUAAAGAAGCAACAUCUGGAGAAACAAGUACUGCUGCAGCAGCAGCAGCAGGUGGAUCAGCAGGCUUUGCUACGGCAGCAGGUGGAUCAGCAGGCUUUGCUACGGCAGCAGGUGGAUCAGCAGGCUUUGCUACGGCAGCAGGUGGAUCAGCAGGCUUUGCUACGGCAGCAGGUGGAUCAGCAGGCUUUGCUACGGCAGCAGGUGGAUCAGCAGGCAUUGAUGCAGUUGCAGCAAAUGGAACAGAAUUUGCUUCACCAUCAACAGACUGAAAAUCAGGUUUUACCUAAGGAGCAACAGGAGUUACUGCAACGAGAGGAGGUGCAGCAGCAGGUGGCGUUACAGCCAAAACAGAUGGAUCAGCACACAUUCAUUCAACAAAAAAUGGAACAGCAAACCUAUCUACAGUUUGAUCAGCAGGUUUUGUUGCAAAAGCAGAAAGAGCAACAUGCAUCACUGCAGCAGCCACAGCAAGUAUUUUUGGAAAAGCCAAGUGUUCUGCCCCAGUCAACCUUGCCUUUACAAGGAGCUGUAUCAGUUCUAGAGCCACAAGCACAGGUACCUAUCCAGCAGACAUGGGCACAGAAACACAUGCAACAGUAUACCUGCUUACCUCAGCAAAUGGAACAAAGCUCCAUCAUUUCACAACAAAAUCUCCAGAGCAGUGAAGUUCUGUCAGAACUACAGAAGCAGGGUUUAGUUCAGAAACAAGCUGAACAUCAGUCUUUCUCACAGGGAGGAUCCACUUUGAUAGAUUCCAGUUCAGAAGCAGCUUUGCAAGAUCCCCCUAAACUGCAGACUGUUUCAGUCCAACCUCAAACUGACCUAGCUUUCCAGCAACAACAUACUGUUGCCCAGCAAGUGGUCCACAGUAUGCCUGAUUCACAGCGUAUAACGCAACAGAAACCUGCUCAGCUACCCUACCAAAGGUUAGUUCAGUUUUCCUUUCAGGAUCAGCAAAGUAGCUUGACCCAGUCUGCUCAACAGCUUACCCAGCAAGUUUAUAUGCCACCACAACAAACUCUGUUUAUUCCUCAGCAGGUAGUCUCAGUGUCACAGGCUGCCCCUGUAAUCCAGUCUUCUGCAUCUCUUCAAAAUGUUCCCCUCCCUACGCAGCAACAGCAGGUGAUAGUGACACCUCAGCAGCUUCUUGUCCAACCACAGUUGCAAGCACAGGAGACAAUAAAAACAUCUAAAACACCAAUUCCAAUACAGCACCAGGUUCAACAGCAGGUUCCAUUUAAUCAGUCUGUUCCAUCACUACAAGAGACUGAACAACUGACAUUAUCAAGACAGCUGCUGCAGCAGACUGGCCAAGUUAAUCAACAGCAGGAAAUAAAACAACAAAUAAAUACCUCACAUGUCCAAGGUUCUUUAAUUCAACCUGACAUCACCACUCAAGAAAUUCAACAACACAUUCCACACACAGUAAUUCUAAAGCCAGUUCAGUCUUUGCAGCUGGGUCAACCUGUGCAGCUGGUACAACAAAAGUCACAAUUUCAGCAGCAAACCCAUAUAACACCUCAACCCCUAAGCACUCCUUCACAUCUAGAUAUACUUGCCCCACAGCAGCAGGGCCAUAUAGCAACACAACAUGUUUCCCAGAAACAGCUGGAAAUUCUUCAAAAGGACAAACAUGUGGAGUAUAAAUCACUAUUAUCAGAGACCCAACAUCACAUUCAUGCCCAUAUACAUCAGUCAAAAACUGAGGUUUCACCACUCUCAGCAGAAUCAAUGCAGCAACAAUCCGUUUUACAGGGUAUGAUUCCACACCAGGUUACAUUACAGGCUGAAGAAUCCAGUGAGGACCAGCAGCAUGAUCUGUUACAGAAGGUACCAGUGCAGGAUCAUCUACUUAAGCAACAGUCAGGAAUUGCACAGUUACAUGACCAGGCAUCUCCACAACAAAUUACACAAACUCUUUUAGACCAGGUGACUUCAAUAACUACCCCCUCACAAAAGCUGCUCAUUCAACAAAAUCACGCACUUAGUUUGAAAUCCCAGCUAUUUGUUUCUGACCAGAAACCAACUGUCCUUUCCAAGACAUCUCUUAUUUCAUUGGAGAGUUUCUCUGACAACAGUGGUAUUAAUUCUCAGCCAAAGCAAGGAUUUCCAAUACUGCAGAGCACUGAACCUGUACCAGGAUUGACCACAAGCCCUUCACAUUCUUUUUGUUACCAAAUUCCUGAUGUACUGCCAAAGUCUGGAAAGCCCAUAAGUACUACUUCUGUUCCAGCACCUGAUGAAUAUGCAUUACCAUUUACAUCGGUGGAUCCCCCAGAUAUGCCAGUGGACCCUCGAUUACAGCAAUCCAUUGUUCCUGUCCCUGAUGUUAACAGUGGCCUUCCAGAAUUAGAAGAUAACUAUAGAGCCCAGAUUCAGAGCUUGCAAGAAAUUCUUUGUGUUCAGCAACAGCAUCACCACCUGCCAAAGCAAGACUCUCUUCCUGGAGUUCCAGUUGAUUCCAAGGGAUUAACAAAUGGGGAAGAUAUCGCAGGCAGGAAUGGCAAAACUGAUAAACCGAAGACACAGAGGAGAUCAUCAUGCCAGAAAACCGAUAAACUUGUACAUUUCCAGCUCUUUAUGUUACAGGUUUCAUCCUAUGGAGACAAUAUGGUGGAGUGUCAGCUUGAGACACACAAUAACAAAAUGGUGACAUUUAAAUUUGAUACAGAAGGAGAUGCACCUGAAGACAUAGCUGACUGUAUGGUUGAAGAGGAUUUUGUGCUUAACAUUGAAAAGGAAAAAUUUGUGGAAGAACUGAAGGUAAUAGUAAUGAAAGCACAGGAGAUCCUGAAAAAUACAUCAUUUAAACUAGAUGGACAACAUGGCAGCAUUCAGGCUGAAUCAUUGGAACACUUGCAUGUAAACCCACUACCGCCACCAAGCAAAGAGUCGGGCCAUCAGUGUUCUCCUGUAGGACGGUGGAAAUUUUUCAUCAAUCAGACAAUCAAGCACCGCGAGUCACAGUCCUCCCAGGGAUUGCUAAUGCCUUCCAGUGGUGCUACAGAUCUACACCUGAAUUCUAGAGAUAUCAAAGAAGAAAAUGUUGACAAGUUCACCAAUAUUAUAGUGACAUAUAAACAGAGUUCUGAUCAAUUUGAUGUCCCUAUAGAAAUUGAAAUAGAUCAUAGUAAUAACCCAGCUGUCAUUAAGAAAACAGAAGAAGUAAUGACAUUUGUUGAUUCUCUGCCAGCUACUGUAUCCCUCAGUUGCCAUCAGACCUCUGUAGGCCUAGUUCAAGAGAUUACUUCAGAAGAACCAACACUUGGAGUUGAAAAUCAAACCAAGUAUGAAGAUAGUUAUUCUGAAUCAUUCGUUGGAGAGACAGAACAGUGUAAUGAACUUGUUUUAGAGCUGAAGCAUGACACUGAUUCAUCUUUGCUCUCUCAGAGUAGCCUUGUUACCAGAUCUGGUACAGAGGUUACUUCAAGUCUUUCUUUUUUGGAGCCACCGUCUCAGCAGAUCCAAGAAACUACACCAGUGUCAUAUGCCAGUCCUGCUCAGCCAUCUUCAUUUCCAGAUUCAGAUGGAGAAGGACCUCCAAAAUUUGAAUAUGUAGACAACUGUAUCAAGACAUUGGACAAAAAGCUUCGAAGUUUACUUUACCAAGAACACAGUGGUUGCUCUGUGUCUGGAAUUUCUGAAGUCUCAACAUGUGAUCCCUUAAUGGCUGAAAUCUUAGAUUCUACUAGUGAAAAAAUAUCAGUCACAACAGUUUCUUCUUCUUCCUCCUCAACUUCAUGUUGCUCCUCAUGUUCUGAUCUCUCUGGCUUUACACAAGGACCAACAAAAAAAGGGGCAAUUGAUGAAUCAAAUGCUGCUGCAGCAGCAAAAGCAACAGCCGGGCUAGGUGAGGACAAAGAUGUCAUCAUUAGAACAGAAAAACAAGCCUAUCUUAACUCUGAAGGAAAUGUUAUUUCAGCUAAUCCACUAGAUAUGGCAGUUCGGCAGCAGCCAUUAUCCUCUGUUAUUUAUCGUGACGUCUCAGUCCAAGGUGGUGAUAAAGAACACCUCUCAGAAGCCUUCACAUCAAUGUCCAUUGAGGCUGCUGUUGAUGUACCUCUACAUUCGGAUGCCUCUUCACCUGGAGACCCAGAGUACCUUCCUUCCAGAGGUGGAACCUACAAGCUGCAAGCAGGAGAAGUUGUUUCCAGUCAAGUGGAAGGUUUGUCUGAGUCAUCUUCAGUUGUGGAGCAUCAUAGUCUAAGUGGAGCGGAACCUAAGGAACCUCUUGAAUCAGUCCAGAGAGGUAGAUUCCAGGUCAUUCCUGUGUCGACUGAAAUGGAGUUAGUUUCGAAGCCUGUUCAAUCUGGAACCAUGCAGAGUGCAGAAUGUUCAAGUAGUAUGACAGAAUGUAUUCAAGGUUCAUCACUAUUUACAACAGAUGAACAGUUUCAAACGGAGAAAAUAGUUGGGCGCUUCUCAGUCACCCGGACCCAGACUGAAUGUCAGAGCUAUUUGGAAACUGCUUCUUUACCUUCCACUCAUACUUGUGAAAUGAACAGCUCUUCCUUUACUCCAGAACAAGACUCUCGGAGUACCUCAACAUCAGCAAGUUGCAGUACUCAGUCAGAAAGUUGGAAACAAGAUGGAAAUUUGACAAUAGAAGCACAUACUGUAAAUGCAGAAUCCCCUAAACAAUCCAUGACUGAUGGAGAUGAUUCCUCUGUUCCAGUAGGACCCAGUGGGGAUGCUAACUGUAGAGCUGGUCCACCACAGCAAGAGGAAGGUACCCAUAGGCUUCAAAAGCAAAACUCUACUCAUUUGUAUUCUCCUUCCUCACCAAUGAGUAGUGAUGAUGAAUCUGAAGUAGAAGAUGAAGAUCUGCGAAGAGAACUGCAGAGACUUAGGGAGAAACACAUUCAGGAAGUUGUAACACUUCAAGCACAACAGAGUCGAGAGCUAAAUGAACUGUAUGAGCAACUGCGUCAGCUGAAGGAACAUAAGUACACACCGGUUCAUCAGUGCUCCAAUCAAAGCUUGUCACCCAGGCGACAAAGGUCAGGCAAGGGCAAACUGCGGAGCAGACCACAAUCCUUCACCCAAACGGACAAUGGCUUUAUCAGCAAUGGUUCCAUGAUGUGCAACAGUGCUAACUUUUGCCUUCAGGAGUCGUCUAGCAAGAAGACCAUGUUUACUGAUGAGCUGCAUAAGUUAGUAGAUGACUGGAAGAGAGAAGCAGUUGGAUUUGCCCAUUUAAAGCCCAGUUUGAAUCAGAUUAAGCAAAUCCAGCAAAAACAGGAAUUUGCUUUUUGGAAUUCACCAUCUGAGGGUCCUUCCCCAGGAUGGUUUUCAUCUGUAACACCUGUUAAUGUUGGAACAGUCUCCGUACAAACUGCACCAGUGGCUGUAUCCUCUGCAUCCUCUACACCUACUUUCCAGGGGGCCCCAGUCGCCACAACACCUUCCGUUUCUGCAUAUGCAGUACCACAACUCUGUCCUUAUAGUGUUGUUGCAGGCUCCACUUAUUCUGCACAGUGGUCUGGAUUGCCUUCCUCUGCACUGCCACAACACUCCUCUUCAGUUCCUUCUCCAUCUCAGGCUCUGGGCCACUUCACAACACCUGGGAAUGUAAUGCACCCUGCUUCAGUAAUUCAGAAAACUUCUGGAGCUCCUCCUGGACCAAAAUAAGAUAUUCUCGCCUUUAAGGAUCCUGGCCUCUAAUGGGUUUCUUGGGGGGGGAAAGAAAUUUGACUGUCUUGAGCAGUCGAAAGAAGUGCUGCCUAUUACAUUUUGGGGAGCCUUUGUGGAGUCAAUGUAUAAACCAUGUAUGUGACCACCAUGGUUGUGCAUGGGUUUGAGGUGAAAGCAUAUGGAUUACUGUUUCCAGUUUUAUCUCAUUGUUCUCUACAAAAAAAUGGAAACCUGUUUGACUACCUUACAAAUAUUCCAUCAAAAACAAAAGGCAGAGAUAAAUGCAAAGUAUUCCCCAACUACCCACUUGCCUUUUCCAAAGUAGUUUUAGGAUAGUUUUAUCCUCAUUUAAAGUAUAUUAUGAGACACAGUGGCCCCUGUUUUGUAUCUGCUGUAGAGCCAGCCUUAGACCUUGCCAGUCAGAUCUUUGUAAGAGAUUUAAUUAUUGUGGAUUUACAUGAAUAAAAUACUGUGUAAAAUUAAUCAGAAUACCUUUUAAGAUGACUGCCCUCUAAUGCUAACCUCACAAAAUGUCAACAUUGGUCCAGAUGUGAGACAACACAAGUGGUGAAAGGUGGUUUGUGCAAAACAGAUGUUCAUAUUGGGUUGCUCAUCAAAUACUAAAUUUGUUAGAUUCAUCAUAUUUCAGUAUCUUCACUUUGAGUUGCUUUGCUCAAGUGGCAAGUUAAGGAUGAGACCAAGUCUAAACUGUAAAAUUGUAAGGUAGCUCCCAUCAGCAUGAUUGCCUCCAAUAUAGCUACAGUAAUAUUAGUAGUUUAUAAAGAACAGCGUCUCUCGGCUUUCGUGCAUGGUAAUCCAGUUUUUGUCGAAAACUAAGUGGUGUGGUUUGAGGGCCAUUUACUUUGUUUUACUUUGAGAGAUUAUUACAGGUUUGAAGGCAGGUAUAUAGUAGGAGGCAUUUAGCUGACAGAAAUUGUGUACUGUAAUGUUAACAUCCUUCAGAUGCUUAACAUUGGAUUGCCUCUGUUCUUCAUCCCAUUGUCUACACUUGUGAUGAAGCAUAUAUUUAUCAGUCUUUGGCAGCUAUUGGUAUUGUUCUAUUUCUUGCUUUGACUUUAUGGCUUGAGAAAACGCACAUCACACCAGUGUGCCAAUGUGAAUAAAUGUGUAUCUUUCUUUGCCUUCCUAUGGUAUUUCUUUGAUAUUUGUAUUCUUAAAAAUGCCUGUCUAAUUAUUUUUAAUUCACAUUUCAUUUUCAAAGCUACCAACUUUGUAUUUUGAGUCCUACUGAAGAGCUUAUUGGCUGCACCUUUUUGUUAAAUGAAGAGGUGAUAAUUUAUAGAUCCUGACUUUGUUUACAAAGUAUUCCUGUCCAUUAACUACAUAUGACAGGUUCUACACUAGUCAGGCACAAGAGAAAUUUUGUAGCCCUUGGUUUAAAUAAUGUUAGACGGUAAAAUGCUUAACCUAAAGUAACCGGGUGAAGCUGGUUACAAAACAAGCCUGUAGUUUCCCUUAGCGAUACCAUAGCAAGGCACUUUUGUUUUCCUUUCUAGUCACCGACAACUGGAUGAAAAUGUGAAUUUAAGAAUAAAAUGAAGACAUUUUAGUUUGUGAUUUAUUUGCAGCAUUGCAUUUUUUAUUCUUACUGUUUCUUGUGAGGCAGGUGGGUGCUAAGAUCCAUCUCUACUUGAUUUGUAAUGUUAAUAUAUACUUGAGAGACAAACAGUUAUGGGUGUUAGGAGUUAUGUUUGAAUUAAGAGCCUGUUGGUUCACUGUAGAAAUGUCUUUAGUGAAAUUUGACCUGACAGGCUUGGAUCUUUCAAUAUGGUUCCCCCCACCACUAUUGAAGGCCCCAAUCAUCUGUGUCAAUGUGCAUGCAAGUUCACUCUUUGCCUACACCAGCACGCUUGAUGGAUACUUCCUUAUAAAAUCAGUCAAGUCUGGUAAACAUUUUCCAGUUGAUUUAAGAUUUUGGCAGUCCUCUCAUUGUUUCAAAAUGCACUUCUUUCAUCCUUAACAGCACUGAAGUGAGAUUUUUUGCAGUGAUUGAUCUUCUAAAGUGUCCUGGAACUGUGCUGUAUGCUAGUCCGGUUUUUUGCUCUCUGUCUCCCAGAAGUGCACCUUUUUAGGGGUUUGAUUCACUUGUCAUCCUGAAGAUUUCAAACCUGCGACUUUUAAUUUCCUGCAUCUCCUCCUACACCUGUAUAGCAACUAAAUUGCACACGUUAUGUCUGAGCCACGCAGGGUAGGUGCAAACAGAUGUUGCAGUUCCUUAUGUUUUCUGCCCUUAUUUGAUGUACUAUUUUUAUGCCUUUAAAUUUCAGUGGCAAGAAUAUGUAUGUGCUUGGUUUAUUGUUUUAGGUAGUUAUAGAACUGUGACUGACUAAAGAUGAACCCCAUCAAUCCAUCACUUAAAGUUUAUAAAUGUGAAUAUUGCAGCUGAAAAUGAAUGAAAGUUUUUAGCUUUCUUACUUCAUACAUAACUCUUAAUCCCUGUAAUGCUUGCAAGAGUUGUUGAUGCUGUGCCUUUUGGUAUUUUAAAUUCUUUUCAGAUUUGUACUGGAAAGAGAGUACUUUUAUUUCUUAAAGCUUAAAAAGCAAAAUGAUAUUGUAAAUAAAUGAAAGGAUUUUGUUGUAACCAUUUUCAUUAAUGAUCUGUACAUAAGUUGGUGACAAGGCAUAAUGUGAAAGUUUUUUAUAUUGUAAUUGUUAGUUUAUGAAAACGGGCUUGGUGGUUUAUUUUUUUUUUUAUUUUUAUUUUUUUUUUGUAUUUUGUUUUCUCCAUAGAAAACAAAUCUAAGAGAGUAAGCUAAAUCUGUAACAAAUAUGCCACCAUAAAAUUAGACAGUUCAAAAAUUAAAUUUGGACAGACUUUAAUUACUCUUUUCCUUUUAUUUAAACAUCAUUAAUGGGUCUUUGGUGAAGUAGGAGAUUAAACCAGUUGGCUUCUCCUCCAGAUAGAUAAAGGAAGAAACAGUCUGGGGUCCUUUGUGAUUUUUCACAUCCAUCUACAUUUUAAUCCUUUUAAAUUUGUUAAAAAGUUUUGGGUUUUUUUGGGAAAACCUACUUUAAAACAAUCUCACUUGCCUUUCCUUCAUUCUACCACAGUGGAGUGGAGUGAAUUGUGAAAGUUCAGGAGCUGACAGACCCCGGAGUAUUUACCAAUAGAAAUGGUGACUUAAUAUAUAAAUGAUACUGCAGAUUGCUAAAAUGCAUUUUUGGUAGAAGCCAACUGGAUUGAAAGAGCACAGUAUGUGUUUGUGUUCAAACUGACAAUUAUCUGAAGUGUGCAAGUCUGGCAAAUCUGGACGUGCAUUUGAUGGUUUGUUCAUUUAAAACAAAACAAAAUCUCUUUGAGUGUAUUUGAAAUAAUACAUUUUAAUGUAAGUCCAAAGGUACACCUAAGAUUGCUACAAUUGCUGCAUUAAGAAGCACAGAAUUUCAAAAAUUAAAAGUGGAAGAGACAGAACAGGUAAUCCACACCAUCAAGCCUUGCACAUGGUCAGAGUGCCUAUUGUGGACCCCUUUCUACAUUUUAUUUUCAGUCUUAUAGCCAAAACAUUAUUUGGUGGUUUGCCUUUGUGGAACACACAAUGUAAAACAUUUUAAGUGUAAAUGAUAAUAACAGUUGGUUACUUUUGUGUAAUAUAAAGGAUGACUACAGUCAAAGAAUAAUAAAAAGUCUUUAUUUUUUCUUCAGCUGUGUGUUAACCUUGCCUUUAGACCAAGAACAGCUGGCUUCAUUCUUCAACGGUUAUGUAACAAAUGCUUAAGCACUUGUAAAGUUGUGCAAGAUUUGUUUCCGUUUCAUGUAAUUUGCAGGUUAUGUAAAAUAUAUUCCAUUUCUAUUUUCUUUUACUUGUUUCACCAAGUUCUCAGUUUAUGAAGUAAAACUGUACCCUUGUUUGUUUCUACA